AUGUCCUUCAGCCGCGCCUUCAGCACCCGGCGCAAGCAGCCCGAGAUGGAGAUCUCAGCACCCAUGUUCAUCGGCCGCGCCGCCAGCCACCGCGGCGGCAAGCCCGUCCUGCGCACCCAGAUCUCCUCCCCCAUGACCCUCCUCUCCACCUCCAACCAGCACAUCCACCACGCCCAGCACAUCAGCGGCACCUCGCCCAUCGAGAUCCGGCACGUUUCCUCCGGCUCGACGUCCAGCUCGAGCGAGGAGAGCGACGCGCGCAGCGGCAGCAGCAUCCACUCCCACGACACGCAGACGGACGCCUCGUCGGUCGAUAACUCGCCCGUGAGUCCGGAGGCAGAGCACAAUCACCUGAGCUGCUACUUCAAACCGGCCGUCGACACCACGCACAGCCGCAGCCCCAGCGCCCUGACAGCCUCCACGCGCCCGUCGAUGGAAACGCCCCGCCUCCCCGCCCGCGCCCCCUCGCACUCCAAACGCGCACACGAAGGCGUGCACCGCAAGCGCUCGAUCCAGCGCAUGCUCUCCCCGCCUCCGUCCCGCCACAGCGAGCGCAGCUCGCACGCGGAGCAGACAACCUACCGCUCCUCAACCGACAUGUUCCUCCCACACACCCCGUCCCGGCCCUCUUUCUCCGCUGUCGAAGCGCCGAAAUCCCCCAACCUGAACCAGAAUCCCUUCGGCGCCGAACUCGCGCAGCUCGACGAAGUGGCCGAGGAGUUCGGGCAGACGGUGCGACGGGCGGAGCGCGACGCCGAUGAGGUUUGGAUGGAGACGCGGGGGUUGGGGAAGUUUGACGCGGAUGAGUAUGGGUGGGAGAUUAAGACGCUGUUGUGGGAUUGCUUUGGGGUGGGUGAGUAUGACGAGGUGGUUGUGGAGGAGGGGGAGGGGGAGGGGUUUGGUGGGUUUUUUUAG